CCGCGGGAAGAUGGUGUCUGUGCUGCCGCGAGUGGAGAGGCUGUCGUCUCGGGUGGUGCGCGUGCUGGGCUGCAACCCGGGGCCCAUGACCCUGCAGGGCACCAACACCUAUUUGGUGGGCACCGGGCCCAGAAGGAUCCUUAUUGAUACAGGGGAGCCGAAUGUUCCUGAAUAUAUUGGCUGUUUGAAACAAGCACUCACAGACUUCAGCAUCUCAAUCCAGGAAAUUUUGGUGACACACUGGCAUCAUGACCACACUGGAGGCAUACCUGAUAUCUGUAAAAACAUUCCCAGUGCUUCUGAAUAUUGCAUAAGUAAACUUCCUCGUAACCCACAUUGUGAAGAAGUAAUAGGAGAAAGAAAGCAAAAGUAUUCUUACCUGAAAGAUGGAGAUGUUGUCAAGACAGAGGGAGCAACUCUCAGAGUAUUAUAUACACCCGGACAUACAGAUGAUCACAUGGCUUUACAUCUCAUAGAAGAAAAUGCUAUCUUUUCUGGUGACUGUAUUUUGGGAGAAGGGACAGCAGUGUUUGAAGACCUGUAUGAUUAUAUGAAAUCUUUGGGGAAACUUCUGGCAGUGAAAACUGAUUUAAUAUACCCUGGACAUGGUCCAGUAGUAAAUGAGGCACAAGCUAAAAUCCAAGAAUACAUUUCUCACAGAAAUGCACGUGAAAUGCAAAUCUUCAAUACCCUGCAAGAGAAUACCGGGAAAUCUCUCACAGCCGAAGAACUUGUGAAAAUUGUAUACAAGGACACACCUGAACACUUGCAUAAAGCAGCAGAAAUUAAUCUCACACAUCACUUGAAAAAACUAGAAAAAGAAGGGAAAGUGUGUAAGUAGUUUUAUUCUUAACAUGCAUCUGUUGCAUUCAAAAAGCAUAUUUA